AUGAAUUCGGUUCACCUUCCAGCUCCUCAGAGACCUGCUGCGUCCAGCCUACACCAACCUCAACCAAAGAGUGCCCAGGAAGCACCGGAGAUGUCGCUGUAUUCUGAUAACUUCAGCAUGUACCACCAGCAGAACCUCCAUCCAGCACAGAGGACAUCCAGCUGCGGCAUAGGGGAUUACGCUCCCCCGACCAAUCCCUACUUGUGGCUGGGUGCCCCGGGAGUGAACAAUUCUACCAGUUAUCUACAUGGAAAUAGCCCUGCUUCUUACAUGCCACCAUCCUAUGGACCCCAAAGACAGUUUCUAGCCAGCUCAUCAAGUUUUCCAGGGACAGACCUAGGUUGGUUGUCUAUGGCUUCCCAGGAAGAACUCCUCAAGUUGGUGAGACCUCCUUACUCCUACUCAGCUCUUAUUGCCAUGGCCAUUCAAAACGCUCCCAAGAAGAAGUUGACUCUAAGUCAGAUCUACCAGUAUGUGGCGGACAACUUUCCUUUCUACAAGAAGACUAAAGCUGGCUGGCAGAACUCAAUUCGACACAAUCUCUCCCUGAACGAUUGCUUCAAGAAGGUUCCAAGAGAAGACGAUGAUCCAGGAAAGGGAAAUUACUGGACACUGGAUUCUAACUGCGAGAAGAUGUUUGACAACGGAAAUUUCCGCCGGAAAAGAAAGUGCAAGUCAGAGUCCCCCGCGUCGAAAAUCGCAAAGCUUGGUGAAGACCAAGGAACCGGAAAGAAUAAGGACGGCACCUCCAUGGUAACAUCAACCUCUCCAGAAAUCGAGGCUGUCUCACCUGACGCAAAAAGCAUAUCUCCUCCAGCUGUCACUUACACACCUUGCCUCAGCAAUUUUUUCAAUGGCAUGUCUUCCUUGGAUUCCAGCUCGGCAAACCGUCAGAUGUCCUUGGGCUUGGUGAACGAACUGUCUCAGAGGAACACCACCGGUUUGAGCAGCUUCACUCCAAGUCCUCUGUCUGAGCCACCUGCAGAUAUCCAAGACAGUAGCCUUUUCUACAACAGGGCUCCAUAUUACAACUCAUUCUCUGCCACCAGCCAGACACAAUCAAUUCAACCACAGUUCCUACACCAGUUUCAGCCCCAGCAAGCUCUAUAUGCUGGAAGAUACUGA